AUGGAUAAACGAAAUCCGACGCCUCUGACAACGGUUGGAUGCCAGCCGACCAAGGAACGAGUCGACGACGAUGUGAUUUAUCUAGGUACCUACAAAGGGCGCCAAAAGAGCUAUCAGAAGACAACCACUUCAACCUCCACACUGGAAAUACUUGCCGAGAUGACCUACAAGCAUGUAAAACUGGGGGUGAUGAAGGACUCGUCUCAACCACGUCGAGCUGUGUAUGGAUUCUUUGACCCAACCUCGAGCAUGCCCACGUCGGUUGGUUAUCGUGCCGAGACCAAGCUCAAUUCAGACAAAGGCUUGGUCAAUUUUGUCCAGGACGACCCAUUGCUUGUGAGAUUCACAGAGCCGUUCUUAACCUCGGGCGCUUUCGCGUUCGCCAAGGGUUUUGACGGGAUCGUACUGCCAAUCAACGUCAAUGCAGCAGAUCAGAUGUCAGAUCACGACAGAAACCAUUGGAUUCUUGCAAUCGUCAACUGGAAAACGGAGAGAUUCGACGCCUUUGGAAUGCAGUCAACUGCCUUUUCUCGAUGGAGCAAAAGGGUCGAUGAAUACGUCUCGGAACUUCGCGGCGCAGUGAUGCAACUCGAGAAGAGAUCUCACGAAGUAGGACUCGUUUGUUCUGUUCUUGAUGUAUCGUGUUUUACUCUCAUCAGUCAGCUGGGACCUCAUGUAGAGGAUUCCCCCGAGCCCGAAACCAGCGGUCGUAAUUCACGUCGGCUUAGCCAAGCAUUACAUGAUAAGGAGACUGGUGUCGGGUUCGACUGUCAAGCCAAUUCAAUCCCUGCGGGAGUCCUCCAUCAGACGGCACCAGAUCGUAUGGCUCAGAAGGGCUAUCGACAACGACAGUCCCCGUUGAGGCAGCCAAACAACUGGAAGCAGGGCGGCAGAAGGUCGUACCAAACGGGAGAAAGAAAGACAGUACGCGAGCAGCCAAUCGAAGGCUUUGCCGGGGUUGUCGUGGGAUAUGCAUGGAGGGAACAGUCGUCGACGGCGCAGGGGCUGUUUCAUUACCCGCCGCCCCUUUCAAAUUCCUCCAAUGCGAAAGAAAGCUGCAGAAUCUGGUAUUCCAAGAAUGCAUUUGGGAUUUCCAAAGACUACAUUUUGUUUGCGGAUUCUGGAAAUAACCCUAGACAGGACUGCGGCUCUGAAACAGACUAG